CCUGCAGGAGCUGCAGAGGGAGGCCGUGCAGGCCCGACGCCGCGGGGACAACGCCACCGCCCUGGGCCACUUCAGGGAGGCCAAGAGGCUGGAGGCGCAGCUGGAGGCGCUGGGGCGAGGCCCUGCCGCCGAUCCCCAGGCUGAGGAGACGAGAGAUCCUCCAGGGAAGGAUCCACCAGGGAAGGAUCCUCCAGGGAAGGAUCCACCAGGGAAGGAUCCACCAGGGAAGGAUCCUCCAGGGAAGGAUCCACCAGCCAGGGAUCCAGCGGCCUCCAGCCCAGAGGCGCCCCGGGACGUGCGGGAGGCGCUGGAGCAGCGCAUGGAGCGGUACCGGGCGGCCGCGGGCCAGGCCCGGGCCAGCGGGGACGCCAGGAAGGCCAGGAUGCACGAGAGGAUCCUCAAGCAAUACGAGGCCGCCCUCCGUGCCCACAGCGCGGGCAGAGCCGUGGAUCUCUCGGAGCUGCCGGUGCCCCCGGGCUGCCCCCCCAUCCAGGGCACGGAGGGCUCAGCAGAGCCCAGCAUUUCUGGGAUGCUGGAGGCGGCCCUGAGGCUGACGGAGCAGCAGCAGCAGGAGGAGGAGGAGGAGGAGGAGGAAGAGGAGAGCACCAAGGUCCAGCCCAGCGCUGCCCCUGUGCCCCCUCCCAAACAACCCCCCCGGAAUUCCCAGCCGGCUCCCAAAGCUGCUGGAAAAGCCCAGCAGCAGCUGGCGUUCCUGGAGCUGCGGCGCCGGCAGCUGGCGCAGGCCGCGCUGCGCGCCAAGCGCCGCCAGGACCUGCAGGGAGCCAAGGCCCUGCUGCGCCGCGCCAAGGCCGUGCAGGGGCUGCUGGGGGCUGCCCGGGGGGGGCUGCCCGUGGACCUCGCCCAGGUGAGGGGCUGCAGGAGCCCCCGCGGGUCCGGUCACAGACCCCACCCCAAAUCCCACCCAAAUCCGGUCACAAACGCCACCCGAAUCCUGUCGCAAAUCCUGUCGCAAAUCCGGUCACAGACCCCACCCCAAAUCCUGUCACAAAUCCCACCCGAAAUCCUGUCACAAAUCCCGUCACAAAUCCCACCCAAAAUCCUGUUGCAAAUACCACCCAAAAUCCAUCCCAAAUCCCACCCAAAUCCUCUCACAAAUCCCAUCCAAAAUCCAUCCCAAGUCCCUCCUAAAUCCCAUCCUAAAUCCUCCCAGCAGCAGCUGGCGUUCCUGGAGCUGCGGCGCCGGCAGCUGGCGCAGGCCGCGCUGCGCGCCAAGCGCCGCCAGGACCUGCAGGGAGCCAAGGCCCUGCUGCGCCGCGCCAAGGCCGUGCAGGGGCUGCUGGGGGCUGCCCGGGGGGGGCUGCCCGUGGACCUCGCCCAG